AUGUGUGGGCGGGCACGGUGCACAUUGGCGCGCGAGGAGGUGGCGGAAGCUGCAGGCGUCGCGCCCGACGAGUUUGUGGAUGGAAAUAAAUAUAACCCCGUUGAGAAUAUGGGACCCGGAAGAUACGGCCCGAUCCUUUUGCAAUGUGGCGGAGCAAAGGUGGAAGGCGAAGCGAAGAUGAAGACGCGACUGCAGGCUAUGCGGUGGGGACUAGUUCCGUCCUUCACGAAGGCGAAUGCAAAGCCAGACCACUUCCUGAUGUUUAACGCUAGAUCCGAAAAUCUACGGGAGCGGCCAGCUUUUAAGCGAUUGUUGGAGUCAAAACGAUGUGUGGUGCUAUGUGAAGGGUACUACGAGUGGCAGCAAGUGGAUAAACGCGAGAAGCAGCCGUAUUACUUUUAUCGGGAGGGCGUUCCAAUGAAGUUUGCAGGCCUGCACGAUCAGUGGAAGAAUGAAUCAGGAGAGUUGAUGUGUACCUACACCAUUCUCACAACUGCGGUUGCUCCAGAGCUUAAGUGGUUGCACACCCGAAUGCCGGUCAUUUUGUCGGAUGAAGGAGUUGAUCGGUGGCUUUCGGGCGCGAAGUUUGAGGAUCUCAAAGACUUACUAGCGUCAUAUCGCUCCGCUGAUUUGAAAUGGCAUCCGGUGGACAGGAAGGUUGGAUCGAUGCAAUUCCAAAGCGAGGACUGCGCCAAGAAGGUCAAUAUCAAGCAUGCAGGUGAUAUUAAGGCCUUUUUCGGAGUUAAGACAGAAAAACAAGAACCCAAGAUAUCUUCUCCAGCUACAUCAGGGAGUCAAAUCAAGCCUGAGGAAGAAACAUGCAGUGAUACUGCUGCCGCAAGCCCCCCGUCCAAGAAAGAAGAGCACGACAGCAACGCAGACACAACACCCAAGAAAGAGUUCGAACAAUUCCCCACCAAGUUCGUUCCAGCGUCAGCGCUUCUCAAUAAACACUCUGAUGACGAAUAUCAAGACUCCCCGCCUUCAAAAUCUCCCAGCAAACGCCGCCGCCUCUCGUCUCCAACCAAAUCGAAGUCUCCAGCCAAAAAGAGCAAGCAGCCAGGCCCAAAACAGUCAUCACUGGAUUUUUUUUUCGGCAAGGGUUCGAAAUGA